CGGACACGACUGAAGUGACUUAGCAGCAGCAGUGCUUUUUGCCUCCUGUUUAAGAAAUUUCUGCCUAUUACAAGGCCCAUCAUGUGGAUGUCUCCAGGUCAGAACCAAACUUGGGUUUCUGAAUUUAUCCUGCUUGGCUUCUCCAGUGACCCCACGACCAACAGGAUCCUCUUCAGUGCCUUCCUUCUUCUUUACCUGAGCUCAGUCCUGGGCAAUGGGCUCAUCAUCACUCUGGUAUGCCUGGACAUGCAUCUCCACACUCCCAUGUAUUUCUUCCUCUGUAUCCUCUCCCUGCUGGAUAUGAGUCAUGUCACCACUACAGUGCCCCAGAUGCUGGUGCAUCUUCUUUCUCGAUCUCAGACCAUCUCCUUUGCUGGUUGCUGGCUACAAAUGUACAUCUUUGGUGCCGUGGGCCUGACUGAAUGCAUUUUAUUUGUCGUCAUGGCCUUUGACCGGUAUGUGGCCAUCUGCUAUCCACUGCGUUAUACUGUCAUCCUCAGCUGGGGCCUGUGCACACAGCUGUCUGCUGGGACCUGGGCCUGUGGUUUCUUCUUCUCUCUGAUCCACACUUUUUUCACCAUGAGGCUGCCAUACUGUGGGCCCAACAGGGUCAACCACUACUUCUGUGAAGGCCCCUCAGUACGAAAUUUGGCUUGCAUGGAUACUCAUGUCGUUGAGAUGGUGGACUCGGUCAUCAGUGUCUUCAUGGUUGUUGCCCCACUGUCCCUCAUUGUGGCCUCCUACAUCCGUAUUGCCCAGGCCAUUGUCAAGUUCACUUCCAUGCAGGCCCGCUGCAAGGCUUUCUCCACCUGCGCUUCCCACCUGACUGUGAUCACAUUCUUCUAUGCUCCAGCCACCUACAUCUACAUGAGACCCAAUUCAAGAUAUUCCCCUGAGCAAGACAAGCAGAUCUCACUCUUUUAUAAUGUCUUCACUGUCCUGCUUAAUCCUGUGGUCUACAGUCUGAGAAACAAGGACAUCAAGGGGGCUUUUCUCAAAGUGAUGGGGAAGGGUAGAGUGGCCUGGUGA